UGCACCAAAACAACAACAAAGAAAGAUUUUACGCGGGACUUCUGUUAUUGUUGCUGACAAAAAUUAUUUUAAUCUUCAGUUAUGUCCAGCGAUGGGAUUUUAAGCUCCAAAUGGACGCGUCCCGACGAUUUUAUAAAGCUGCAAAGGCUAAAACAAAAAAAGAAACAACUUGCGGCACGUGUGAACAGCAACAACAAUAACAAGCGCCCAGAAUUGGAUGACAAUGAUAAAAGCAAGUUACUGGAAGCCAAAAUAGCACAAAAGCGCAAUAACCCAUUUGCCAAAUCCACAGAUGGCGCCAAGAAGCAAAAGAUCGAUGAUCAAGCGUACGAUGCAACUGCAUCCGAAGUUAGGAAUACCGCAACAAGUAAUUUAGCAUGCUUGACAUCCACACGUCCGCCAGCAGCAAAGUUAAAUUUACAGAAAUUCGAUGCUCAGGCAUUUGCAAAGCUACUGCAUCAAGCCAAGGCCACACAAGCCGAUGAGGAAGAUGAUGCCGCAUUGGCAGCGCGACAAAAGCAUACGCCACAUCUGCCAAUGGAUUGGUGCCUUAAGACGCGAGUGCGCUUCUUCUGUCCAACUGAGCUCCCCUCCACACAACUUAAGACCUCACAGGUGGCCAGCGGGCUGACCAGCUUUGUGCGUUGCUUCGACACCAACCAGACGGAGAGUACCCUGGAUAUAUCGGAUGCAACACGAUUCAAUCAAUGCACUUACUAUUGGCAGCAUCCGCAUCUGCCUUGGCUUACGCUAUUUCCGCGCAGUGCUAAGGAGAAUAAUGGAAUCACAAUUGGUGAACGUGAGCGUAAGGCACUGGCCGAAGAGUGGGACUAUAGCUUUAGAGGACUCUUUCAGUUGCUUCGUGCACGUCAAUGUCCGUACUUCUAUUUGUGUGCCAAUUCUUUUACGGUGCUAUUUCGAGCAGCUGGCACUGGCGGGCGACCAGAAACACAUGCCUUGGUUACACCAUCUACUCGUGGCAUGCGUAGCGCACUUCAGCAGGAGGGGAUUGAGUACAGCAUGCCACUGAAGCAGCAACAAGACGCUGGAGAGGGAGGAGCCUCGAAUGGCAGCUUUACAGAAGAGACCGAGGCAAACACCAGCGAUAGUGGAACGGGUCUAGCCUAUGGCCAGGCCAAAGAUAUUGAACACAUUUCCGAUGAAGAUGACGAUGAUGAUGCUUGGCUGGAAAGUUUGGGCGUGGAUGAGCGCGAAUUACGUCGCAUACAAACGACGCACGCAAGGAAAUUGCAGGCAGCCGAAAUGUCCGAGGAUUUUAGUGACAAUUCUUUGCUGCUGAUCGAAGGUGUCGAGUGUCAAGGCUUCUUCAGUUAUCUACUCAAUGCCAAAAGUACAAUCACCAGCGUGGGCCGCCUGGCGGGAGUUCCACCCACGCUUUUGGCUCCUGUUGCAUUUCCCAAAGCUACGAUGCAGCACUUGGUGCCACGUUCCAAGAAAGUAAGACUCGAUGGCAUCGAUUACCACAGCAUUGAUAUUAAAGGAGUGCUGUUGCCUACAUUCCUGCCAAGCGUUGCGAUGCUGCUGUGCGAGACGCGACACACAUUUAGUGCCACGCUGGCCAGCAGUAUUAAUACACUCUCUUUCAGCAAGGCGACGCAGAAGCUGCUGGAGUCUACCACUCCUGCCGAAUCGAAGGAGGCUGUGGAGACCGAUGCCGGAUGCUUGCAGGUUUUCGGAGAGCAAAAUCUGUCCGACUGUGGUCUACUGCCCGCUGUAGUGAGCGCAAUUUGUCGGACAGGUCAAAAUGCUGUUGGGUUGCUGGAACGUGUCUGUUAUCAAAAAGGGGAGGGAUAUGCUUGGAGCUGACCUAGUACCUUUCUGUCUUAAAAUAAUACACAACAUUUUCUUAGGCAGCUAUUACUAAUUAAUCUAUAUUUUCGAAAAAUAAAAUUUUGAAAGUA